UAGAAUGGAUCGGUUGCGUGGCGUCGUCGGGCAGGAGUCGAAAGUACUACUGGCAGGGCUAUAAGACCACCUACGAGGCACCCGUGGUUCCUCAGUCGGACUCGCUCCACCGCCUCCGCUGGUUGCAUCCCAUCAUCCCGCCUUCCUACAUCCCUCGUGCGCCGUCGUAAGCAAUGGCCGGAAACCAGGCGAUCAACGUGAACCCGCCCAACGCCCAGGAGCAUAUCUCCACCAAUGGCUCCGAUUGGUUGUGGGCGGCGUUCAGUAUUCAGGCCUUCUCCCUGUUGGCCGCUUUCGUCGCAAUGGUCGCCAGGCCUCGCGGUACUCGUCUGUUCCAUAACAUCGCACUGGUGGUGUUGGCCACCUCGAGCGUCGCCUACUUCUCCAUGGCUUCCGAUCUCGGUGCGACGGGUAUUGAGAGCGAGUUCCGCACCGACGCUACUCGCCAAAUCUGGUAUGUGCGCUACAUCCAGUGGGUCAUUAACUGGCCCCUGCUUGUGUUGUCGUGCUUGCUCGCGACGGGCCUUUCGCUCUCCGACAUCCUCACGACCAUGUUCAUGAUUGUCUUCGUUGCCGUCACCUGGCUGGUCGGUGCCCUCGUGCACACCAGCUACAAGUGGGGUUACUUCGUCUUCGGCCUCGUGGGAUUAAUUUUCGUCUGGUUCCAACUCCUCGUGCACGCGCCCCAGACCAACUUCGCCUCCCCGACGACCAUCAGCAAGCCGUACUGGCUCGGCACAACCUACCUCUUCUUCAUCCUCCUCACGUACCCCAUCUGCUGGGGCUGCUCGGAGGGAGGCAACGUCAUCACCGUCACAUCCGAGAUGAUCUGGUACGGCAUCCUCGACAUCUGCGUCGGCCCCGGCUUCUUCCUCCUGUUCUUCUUGAACCUGCGCAAGAUUGACUACGCCGCCUUCGGUUUCCAGAGCGGCAAGUGGGUCGAGGGCGCGGCCGUCGCGUCGAGCGAGAAGCCACACGUCUGAAACUAGCAAGAAUCGAUCAUUAUCUUCUCGUUAGCCAUCGUACUACACAUAUGUCCAUCCGCUUUAUAAUCCGCUGUCUCAGUUGACUCACACAUACAUCUGUUUCCUUGCGCAGUUACGACGAUGACCUUGUAAUGCACCUCGAGGUGUAUCCUGUGAGACCUCAUGCUCACGCCAUGAACCAUUUCUGUAAUGAUCAGUCGAUUGGUCACGGUGUCCAAAACCAGCACAUUCUCGUGCAUGAGGUGGGCCAUGCCUGACAUUGCCGGCCAGGGCCCCGGAGCCUACACCAGAGGCGUCCUGCGCACCCUGAUCUGCACCAAAGCCAGCGGAUUCGGACUCCCAAGCCGUCAAGACAAUUCUCCCGUGGACAUCAGCCUCAACUUCGUUCGAGAUUCUCAGUAAGUAUAAUCCGGGACAGAACGUUCACGAACAUGAGCUACGACACUGCCCUCUGCCGUGAAACUGACCUUAUUGGAGUAACAAAAAC